AUGGGUGAUUUCAAUGUACACUGUUUAGAAACUUCUGCUACAAUCGGAGAGCCAUUCAAAGCAGAUCUGCAAGAGCUUGUAACCAGUGUUCCAAUUUACAAUCACAUUGCACCCACUCGUUUCCGCACAGGUAACAGACCUUCUUUGUUGGAUUCUGUUUUCACCAACGAGAAACAUAUGAUUGAUGUAUUGAACGUAGAAUGCUCUUUGGGUCGCAGUGAUCAUGCACUCAUCAGUUUCGAUUUUAUCUGCUGUGGGGAACAGCGCAACCAGAACCCUGAGUUGGUGCGCUACGACGGCUAA